AUGUGGUUUCAAGUCCAGGUGGACAUUGAGGAGCUCACAGCCUCUGGCCACAUUGCCCUAAAGCAAGGGAGUGAAGAAGCCCUCAGCCUCUUCAAAAAGGCCUUCAAAGCUUCCAUAGAGCUAAAGGAGACCAGGGUCCAGCGGGCAUGUGCCUUUAACCUGGGAGCUGCCUACGUGGAGGCGGGUAAAGCCCUGAAGGGGCUGGACUUCCUGAAGUGGGCCCAGCCAGGAGAGAGGGACGAGCAGAUAGCAGACCUCCAGUUCAACCUGGCCGUAGCCCAUGAGACCCUGGGGAACCACAGCCAAGUGGCUGGUCACUGCCUCCAGGCAGCCCAGCUGUACCGCUCCCAGGGGGAUGGGGCCAGUGAGGGGGAAACCUGCAUUAAAAUGUCCCACUGUCACCUGCUCCUAAAGGACUGGACCCAGGCAGCUCAGAGCUUCCAGAGGGCUGGGGAGAGCUACAGGAUGGCAGGCAAGCUGGACUCAUCCGCCACGGCCUUCAAAGAGGCAGGGAGUCACAUGCUCCAAUCAGAUGACUUCACCGUGGAUGAUAUCAUCACUGUGCUCACUGAUUGCCUCGAGCUGAGCAACAACAUCAAAGACCCACAGUUGCUCGGUUUUGUGACUUUAUCCCUCAGCCUUUCAGGUAAGGUGUACAACGACCUGGGCCUGAGUUUCUCCCAGCUGAAGUUGUUCCAGGAGACAGCCGGGUGCUAUGAGCGGGCCCUGCCCCUGGUCAGCACCAGGCCCAGCAGGCUGGCCGUGGUCCUACAGAACCUGGGAGCUGUUCACAACACACUGAGCCAGUACCGGCAGGCCCUGGACUACCACCGCCAGGCAGCCAGCCUGCAUGGGUCUUUGGGCAGUCGUCAUGCUCAGGGCCGCUGCUUCAGUAACUUGGCCUUUGCCAUCAGUCGGCUGAGGGAGCAUGAGGAGGCAGCAGAGCACUACCUCCAAGCCCUGCAUGCCUUCAAAGACACUGAUGACUAUAAGGGCCAAUGGCAGGCUUGUGAGGGUUUAGGGGAAGCUCGCUUUUAGUUGAGAGACCUGGAGAGAGCCACCCUCUACUACAAACAAGCUCUGGGUUUACUGUCAAAGUGCAAGGACUCGUCUAGCUCGGUCCAGGAGCGUCUGGUCAACAAGCUGAGUGAGGCCCUGCAACACAGGCUGUCACUGAUCACCCCUGGAAAACCCCAGUGAGUGGAGCUGGCUCUGCAGAGGUGUCUGCCAGAGAGCAGGGGAAGGAGGAGGAAGCCCCAGGGCCAGAUGGAGAGCAGGCACACACAGUGACGAUGGGAGAAGCAGGUGACUCCCAGUCACCGGUGACAAGAGCCCGGCUUCUCAGUGAAGGAUAUCUGACUGUGCUGCCAGGGGCAAACAGGCAAUGCAUUUACACACACACACACACACACUAAAAAUCAUCGUACAUGCUCACACAGUGCACAUUAUCACUCAUUUACUGUACACAUUAGCACACAUAUAUAGAUGCACCAUUAUACACACAUGUGCAUACGCCCAAUAACACCCAUCCAGACAACUCAUAAAGAAACCCAGGGUAAUUUUACUUGUUGUAAUUGACUUUGAUUCUUUAUUAGCACACUGGAAAAUCAAACGCUUUUUCAUUUCGUGCCACCAGACUGGCCUCUUAAAUUGUUUAUUUUUGCAGAAUGUCUUUAAGGUAUAAACACCUAUUGGGUUUUCUUAAAUUACACUGAAGAAGAUGAGCUCUGUGAGUGUCUGCUCUGCAGAGAAGAAUUGAAUAAUAUGGAAAUGGAACCUGAAUAAUACAUAUGAGCAGCCCGACCUCCAUUACCAGAACCAGGGCCCAUCAAACCACCCUUACCCUGAAACAUGCGUCACUCAUGAUGUAGGCUCAAGUUUACUUUGCCCAACUGGUCAAUUAAAAUCCCGCCUUUUGUUGACAAAGUGCUGUCGUAACUUCUGACUCUUCGGAUUCUGACUCUAUCGAAUCUCACCUAAUAUCUAAUGAUCUUCGAAUAACUGGUUAAUAAACUGGUUCGAUUUAAAUGGUUAAUAAAACAUGGUCGGACAAUUUUCAA